UAUUGGUUGUAAGGUAAACGCCAAAAUAAGUUACGUGUGUGCAACAUAGAUAAUAAAAUAAACAUUUAUUAGGAAAAAAAAAAACAAAACAAAAAACAACAAAGAAAACAUUUGAUAGUUGAUUUAGUGAAAGGAAUUCCUUGGAAAUUAGAACUACAUGUAUUUUGGAAAACACAGACGACAAGGUGACCCAAAAAUUUAAUUUAAAGGAGAAAAAAUAUAUAAUUGUCUUUGCCAAUAGUGAGGCAGAAUUUGCAAAGGAAACGAACUGAAUAUCUUUUUCAGUUUUCAGACGAUUAUAAAACUGUAAAUUUUUAAUGUAGGUUUAACACAGUGUAAAAUGGGAAAUCACGGAAGUAAACGUUGUAAUCGCAAAACACGGGGACUCAAGUGUCGGUAUGGUCAAGCGAAGGACGAACUGUCAGUUUCAGACGACCGACUCAUUCCGACAGAAAGGUUUAAGGGAACCACACCGGACUCUUACGAUAAGCUAUUAGCUUGGAUGGUCGAAAUGGCUGAAAACGAUGAAGCGGACCUAACCUCAUCCGCAGUUGCGCAUUUGACAACGAUGUGUGCCGACAAACCUGAGCAAAGUACACCUCCUUCAGCUUCUUCAGCUCUAUCAGUACGUCAGAGUUCUUUAGAGGUUCCAGUCCCUCAGCAUUCUUUAGAUUCUAGUGGUAGUUCUCAUAACAGUGACACUUCAAAGUGCAGAGAAGACCUGUCACAUCCUAAAACAAAAUUCCGACGGGCAAUGCUCAGUCGCCAAAGUACAAUAGAUUAUUCUGACGAUAGUGACGCCCACAAUGAAGUAUUUGGUAACGGCAGUAUUGAGAGUGAAAUGGAUAAUAACUUUGUAAGUCCAGACUCAUUUUUGAUAAAUAGUAUAGAAGAAACUUCUUUCACGAAUCGACCUAGACCACCACUGCGUAAAAAUCAAAGCUGUAUGACAUACCGAAAUUACAAUGCAAAUAUCGCAGACUUAUUGAACGUAAACUCGCGCAAGAAGAGCAAAAGUUUAAUGACAAUGAGAAAGAUGUUGUCAGAAACGAGAAAUGACGAAGAAAUGGCUCCAAUUACUGAAGAGACAGUAAUUAAAGUACUAGGUGAUGACAUGUUAGAUGGAAAUAUUGCCGAUAUUCUUUAUUCAGUGGAAGCGUUAUGGCCAAAACCGCCAAAAUAGCUUAAUCUGAAACAAAAAGGAUAUAGCUUUAGUUGAGAUACACGCAAUACAGAACAUCUCCUUUUAAUGUAUAAUUCUGUUUGAAUCCUUUCCAUGAGUAAGUAAGAGAUUCAUGCAGCCAAGUGUAAAUUCGAUCAGAUGGAUUGUCUGCUUUUGUAGAUGUCAUUUAAACGGCGGUGUCUAGCACAAUGCCCCACAUUAUAUUAGUGUCUCACUAAAAUAUCACGUCGUAGACACGUUAUAUGAUACCCCACCCAGUCACAUUAUGCUGAAACCCGGCUGACCAGUCCUAGUAUAUCCUCUUUAUACUAAGCGCCAAGCGAGGAAGGUACUAGUACUAUUUUACACGUCAUUGAUAUGACGAGGCCAUGGAUCGAACCCACGCUACCUGGAAGCGGUGGCUAAACAUUUGACUUUGUAUAUAUAAAAUUACGUAUGCGAUCUUUUAAAGGAUCUUUAAUAAGAUGCUACAACAUACCUGUUUUAACGUUUGGUUGCGUUUUAUGCUUCCAAAGGAUCUUUUCACAUAUUUUAUUUACACAUUUAAUAUGGAGGGAUUUUUUUUUUCAUUCUUAGGACUUAGUGUCACAUGACCACAGUAGAUCAUGCGCCACUUUUCUAGCUUUCACGUAUUGGCCUUGGCAUGACCGGGCACUUGGCUAGAACCACUGACUUGUUUUCGUAUACAGUUUAGAUAUUGAGUAUUAAUCAAAAUGUAUUUUGCAGAAAAUUUUGUUUACAUCAUUGAUCUGAACUGGAUUUUGACAGCCUGUUGUUUAAUGUUCUUCUUUCACAUUAACACAUAUUAUAUCUAUGUUGAAAUACUUGUUUUGAAAUCUCCGAAAGAACUGAUUAGUUGUUAGACAAGGAACACAUCAGUUUUAUUACCAACAUGUUAAGCUGUCGGACUGAACACGUAAUUUUCACAGAGACGGUAUUUUUGGAAACUAGAGCAUUUCACUUGUACAAUAUUGGAUGCAUUUCAAUUAUUACAUAUUUUAUAUUAAUUUCGAUCGGAUUAAAGGCUUGAUAUCAUUUAACACAGUUCAUAAGUUUUGAUAUAAUACAUUAUAUUUCCGUUUUUCUAGUAUUUGAAUGUUACAGUCAUAUAUAACGCUUGAAAGAAAUACAUUAAUUGAAGGUCUGACCAUUUAAAAACUUUAAAGCCUAUAUUAAGGGUAUUGUGUUUCUUUUAAACCAAUCUUUUUUAACGACUUAAGCAUACAGGUUACUUCAUAUGCUACAUCAUACAUGUUUUAACAUUUGGUUGCCUUCUAUGCUUCGAAAGGGUAUUUUCACAUAUUAUAAUAACAUAUUUAAUAUAGAGGUUGCUUCAUAUACCUUAUUUUCGUUGUUUUGUUUGGGUUUCACUUCACACGAACACAAUUGUUUGUCAUCCGAAAGCUUUCCAGCCGUCGCAUUAGUUUAGGCACCACCUUGCGCUUGGCUAGAACCACUGACCUCCAAAUAAAACAAGCUGUAAAAAACACUAACAUAGAUAUGAAUCCUUACCAGUAACACGAAUAAAACUUUCUACAUCAGGACAAAAAUAAUCUUGAUUUAAACCUUGAUAUUAUAUCAUUUGCUCAUGCAAGUGAAAGACUCAUGAU